UAUCGAAAGUAAAAGAAAGCUGAUGUUUAGCUAUUUUAAUCAGACAGUCCAUUCCUUAAAAUAUUAUUAGAUGUUAAAUACAAACUUUUAUUAAAUGGUAGGCAGGGAUUUAUGUGUAGACUACUCGAUGGAACAGAUGGAGGAGUUUGAAUCGGUUAAUGUAGCUACAUUUUGAUUAAGGUUUUGUGUACGAGAGCUUUUACAGAGUCAGUGGAGAUCAGACUGUUUCAACUGUUCAGCUUUAGCAUGGAUGACAGACAAACAUCCAGUGAUGCAGAUUUUUCUAAAGGAUGCAGUUCAGUUCAGCAGGAGAGAUCAGAUCCAGCGCCCAGCUGUGUGUCUUUGAGGAGUGACAAGUCUAUGGGUUAUCCAAUAGAUUUUAAGAAUGACAGUACACCGACUGAUCUCAGUUCAAUCCCACCACAAAGAUCAGCAGUAACAAAACCCGUCUGUAAGAAGAAUGACCAAUCUAUGAAUCAACUACAGGACUUUAAUGAAAGCAGCAAUGAAGUCCUCAACACAUUUAGAUCAAACCUGAUGAAGAAGUUUAAGUGUCUGAAUGAGGGAACAUCAAAGCAGGGAAACCCAACACUCCUGAAUGAGAUCUACACAGAGCUCUACAUCACAGAGGGUGACGGUGGAGAGAUCAGUAAUGAACAUGAGGUGAGACAGAUUGAGAUACAAUCCAGGAGAGCAGCAACAGAAGACAGACCCAUCAAAUGCAAUGACAUCUUUAAACCUUUACCUGGACAACACAAACCCAUCACAACUGUGCUGACAAAGGGAGUCGCUGGCAUUGGAAAAACAGUCUCUGUGCAGAAGUUCAUCCUAGACUGGGCUGAAGGCAAAGUGAAUCAGGACAUCCAGCUCAUAUUUCCACUGCCUUUCAGAGAGAUCAAUUUGAUGAAGGGCAAAACAUUCAGUCUUUCAGAUCUUCUUCAUAUUUUUUUCCCUGAAACAAAAGAAAUGGAAAUAUCUAGUGGCAAAUAUAAAACGUUGUUCAUCUUUGAUGGUCUGGAUGAGUGUCGUCUUCCCUUACAUUUUCAAAGGAAUCAGACUCUACGAGAUGUAAACAAAAAUAAAUCAGUGGACGUACUGCUGACAAACCUCAUUGCGGGGAAUCUGCUUCCCUCUGCUCUCAUCUGGAUCACCUCCAGACCAGCAGCAGCCGAUCUCGUCCCGUCUCAGUGUGUCCAUCGAGUGACAGAGGUACGAGGCUUCAAUGAGCCACAGAAGGAGGAAUACUUCAGGAAGAGAAUCAGUGAUCAGAGUCUGGCCAAUACAAUCAUCACACACCUGAAGUCCUCAAGGAGCCUCUACAUCAUGUGCCACAUCCCAGUGUUCUGCUGGAUCUCAGCCACUGUUCUGGAGAAGAUGAUGAGCGAAGAAGCAGAGAGAGGAGAGAUUCCCAAGACUCUCACUCAAAUGUACACACACUUCCUGAUCCUUCAGACCAACAUCAAACAUGAGAAGGACUAUCAGAAGAACCUGACAGAUGAAGACAUGAUCCUCAAACUGGGCAAAGUGGCUUUUCAGCAGCUUGUGAAAGGCAAUGUGAUCUUCUAUGAGGAAGACCUGAGAGAGUGUGGCAUUGAUGUGACAGAUGCGUCAGUGUACUCAGGAUUGUGCACUCAGAUCUUCAGAGAGGAGUUUGGCUGGUAUCAGGGAAAAGUCUUCUGCUGGUAUCAGGGAAAAGUCUUCUGCUUUGUUCAUCUGAGUGUUCAGGAACAUCUAGCAGCUCUAUAUGUGCACCUCUGCUUCACAAACAACAACAGAAAUGUAUUUGACACAGGGUCUUUGUUGUCUGUGUUUAAGGACUGGUUUAAACUCAAUUCAUCAGAAUAUGUUUCAUUUUCUGAGCUCCAUGAGAGAGCCGUGAAUGAGGCUUUACAGAGUAAAAAUGGGCAUCUGGACCUUUUCCUGCGCUUCCUUCUGGGUUUGUCAGUGGCAACUCACCAGAUUCUCCUUCAGGGACUAAUGACACUGAGAAGAAAGUCUAACAGCAAUGACAAAACAGCUCAGUUCAUCAAGGAGAAGAUCAGGACCAUUGACUCUCCAGAGAAAUCCAUCAAUCUGUUCCACUGUCUGAAUGAACUGGGUGACCAUUCACUAGUGAAGGAAAUACAACAGUAUCUGAAUUCUGGAACAAUAAGUGAAGCCAGACUCUCUUCAUCUCAGUGGUCAGCUGUAGUUUUUGUGUUGUUGACAUCAGAGGAGAAGCUGGAUGAGUUUGAUAUUAAUAACUUUGUUGGAGAAAACAGUAAAGCUGGAAAACUGAAGGUUCUUCAGAAGCUGCUGCCUGUGAUUAAAGUUCAUUUGAGUGAUUGUGGAGUCACAGAUGAAGAUUGUGCUGCUCUGACUUCAGCUCUGAGAUCAAACCCUUCACACCUGAGAGAACUGAAUCUGAAUGAUAGAAACCUACGAGAUCUGGGUGUGAAGCUUCUCUCUGUUGUACUGGAGGAUCCUGACUGUAAAGUGGAGAAACUCUGGUUGAGGAAUUGUGGAGUCACAGAUGAAGGUUUUGCUGCUCUGACUUCAGCUCUGAGAUCAAACCCCUCACACCUGAGAGAUCUGGAUCUGUCUGGGAAUAAACUAGGAGAUUCAGUUCCUCUGCUCUCUGCUGUACUGGAGGAUCCUCGCUGUAAACUGGAGAAUCUGUGGUUGAGUUAUUGUGGAGUCACAGAUGAAGGUUUUGCUGCUCUGACUUCAGCUCUGAGAUCAAACCCCUCACACCUGAGAGAACUGAGUCUGUCUGGGAAUAAACUAGGAGAUUCAGUUCCUCUGCUCUCUGCUGUACUGGAGGAUCCUCACUGUAAACUGGAGAAACUAUUGUGGAGUCACAGAUGAAGGUUUUGCUGCUCUGACUUCAGCUCUGAGAUCAAACCCCUCACACCUGAGAGAACUGAAUCUGACUGGGAAUAAACUAGGAGAUUCAGUUCCUCUGCUCACUGCUGUACUGGAGGAUCCUCACUGUAAACUGGAGAAUCUGAGGUUGAGUUAUUGUGGAGUCACAGAUGAAGGUUGUGCUGCUCUGACUUCAGCUCUGAGAUCAAACCCCUCACACCUGAGACAACUGUAUCUGACUGGGAAUAAACUAGAAGAUUCAGACAUCAAGCUUCUCUCUGAUCUAAAGAAUGAUCCACAUUAUAAACUGGAGACACUAUUAUGGUGAAUAAGGAGCCGCUACAGAGACGUCACAGUCAACAGAGACUGAAGAUACAGAGGCGUCACAGUGAUCUCACUCUUGUGUGUGUGUGUGAGAGAGAGACUUCACAGCAGUUUCUUGUUUGGAUCUUUUUGUGGGUCUGAUUUCUUUUUAAAAUUAUAGAUCAGAUUUACACAAUGAUGUAAUAGAGGACUCGAACACUAAUAAAUAAUGUAAGAUUCUUCUAUUUGUGAUGACCCAUGAAAACUGCUGAAGACGCAUCUUUUUGUUGACUAAACUGGGAAUGGUCACAUGUAAGAUUUGUUAUUGAUUAGAUAUUGCACUGCUUGAUUACAAUGUUGAUGGUGUAACUUCCAAUAUUCAAUUACAUUAUUUUAAUCAACAAGAUACAGUGUAUAUAUUAGUAAUUUAUUAUUUAGGAAAAGGUGACAAGAAUUUACAAGAAUGUGAUUACAGAAGAUUAAUAGAAGUGUUUUAAAUGUCUCCGGCAAAUA